AUGAUGGCCCGGAAUACGGCAGAGUUGCAGAUCUGGAGAGCAACGAGAAUAUACAUUCGAAAGCUUGACGCUAUUCUUUCCGACGAAAUCAUACAGCUGGGCAUCUUGCAGCUUGUGUAUGGCCGUAUUUUGCCGGGUAAAAACCCUCCGCGCGCUGCAGAGUCUUCGCAAGCGCUUAUUGCCGAAAUAGAUGAAAGCCUGGCGCUUGAGGCGUCGGCGGAAAGUAAGUGGACCAACGGCCGUCGUCCGAAGCCCAGUCGCCGCUUGUCCAGUGGGCACGCUGGGGACAUUUCGGAAGCCAGAACCGCCGAACGUGGCGAUGGCGAUGUAAACGCUGGGGGGGAUGGCGAUUCUGGAUCAGGCGACGAAGCCGAUGACGGCAGCGAAGACGCCCGCGACGAUAGCGGCAGCGAAGUCACGGCGGAGGAUCCCUGGAGCCAUCCGAACACUCUGCCACCGUUCCUGUCGGCUGACUGCUGUCGCGAGCUAGAGUUGACUGGCGAUAGCAGGGCUUCGGACGCCCGCAGGGGCGACCACCUAAACACGGCGGGGUCACCGAUUACAACGUCCCCAUGGCAAGGUGUCAGCCUCGGCGCAGGCGGCGGCCCCCCCGUCGAGAUUGACCCGCUCUUCGUCCCCCAGGGCCCGGCGGACUAUGCGCUUAGCUUAGCCGCGGGAACUAUCGCCAUGACACCGCCGCCAUCCGACCCCCAGUGGCCAUCGUUUCCCGGCGAGAUCAACGAAUUUGAUAUCAACGCAUUCUGCGACCUCGACGGCCCCGGGCCCGUGGCUGAUGACGUGUGGGAUGGUGUCGGCGCCAGCCGUGGCGAGAGCCCGUUCUCAGUCGCCUCUUCCCGCGUGUCUUCGCAUGGAGGCCGCGAAGACGGCUCCGUGCAGGACGUUAACUUUCCCCUCACCAAUGACGUUGAGGGCCUGCUGGCCGUUGUUCGAGAGCUCUAUUCGAAGGCGGCGUUUGAGCUCGACUGGGGAGUGUACACGAGCGGUGAUAUCGUUGCCAUGCUGAAUUGCCUCCGGCCAGAGGAGUGGGUGAGCGGCGCCCUAGUAAACUACUUCAGCAGAAAGCUUUCCAGCAGGGAAAACGUCCGAGUUCUGGAUAGCGACUGGUACUCAUUGGACGGCGAGUCGCUACCGGACAUCAAGCCGGCGUCGGUGGCCCCUGUUCUUAUCCCUUGCUUUCACUUGGCGCACUGGUCUUUGAUCCACGUCGACCCCGCCGGCGGCCAGGUCACGCACUACGACUCCCUAGCGGUGGGCAACGGCGGCCACACUGCGGUGGGCGGCGGCUGUUGUCACUGCACGAAGGCCACCUCCGCGCUCGCGGAGUCGUUGCAGCGCCAGGGUUGGACGAUACCGGCAUGGCAGUUUAACGCCGCCAGCUGCCAGUGGCAGAGCGGAGCCGACGACUGUGGGGUCUUCAUGCUUUGGUUCAUGAAGUGCUGCGCGGAAGGCAAGCUCGUGCCUCAGCCACCCCCAAAAAACGUCCGCUUCGAGCUUGCCGACGAGGUCGUGCGUGACCUGAGGACAUGCGGCAAGAAGCAAGCCCUGCGCGGGGUUAUAGGCGGCUCGAAGCGCAGCUUCGAGUAUCUAGAGUGCCUGACGCCCGGCAGCCAGGAGGGCCAGGACACAUUGCUGGACGCCGGCUGGGAAGCGUACCUGGUGGGGUGGCCCCACGGGAGCCUGCUUGACGAGUGGAGACGGCUCUCCACUGUCCAGGUCAACGGCCAAGCACUAGGCCUGAACCGUGCACGCCGGCUGAUGCAGCUUGCCUUCAACAUCGCGUCGCCGGAGGUCUUCGUGGGGCUGAAGCGCAGCAUAGUCCACCUGAGGCAGAGGGGCCGCCAAGCGCCGUUCGGCGAAGAUAUAUGUGGCAUCUACAGCUCGGGCGUCUGGCACACCAAGAAUGAGGAAAACUCGCUCGUGGCCAUGAGGCUGAUCAGCUGGUAUAUCCACGACGAAGUUACCAGGAUGUGUGAAGGGCAAAGUAAGCGGAAGGGAAUAGUCAGGAAGAUGAUUGAUAGGCUCGGGACAUCUAUCUACGAGGGGCUGCCGUCGCCGCCAAGCAAGCUAGACGUCAAACAGCGGAUCGCGAAUUGGUAUCGGCGCGGCCUUGAGUGGUCGCGGCUGGUGUGCAGUUUCGACGACGUAAACGUACUCUGCCUCCUGCCGCGGGAUAUGAAUAUAGUCCCGGACAGCAAAGGGAUCAUGUCCAACGAAUACCGGGACCUUAGGGCGGGCGAAUGCCCAGAGCUGGGGAAGAUCGUUAGGUUCGCCAGGCCGAACUUCAGGCAGUCGAUCCCGAAAGAGGUCUACGGAAUGUUUGCUCGCGCCGAGAUUCCCCGGCAACGUUUCAACAUCGAACUCUGGAGCGACCAGGAAAUCCGCGACAUGCCCCUGGACUCCGACAUGUUCCUACGAGCUUUCGAGUGGGUGGAUGGAGCUGCUGAACCGGCCUAG